AUGCGAUUUUGGCUGUGUUCCUCCCUUCUAACUGCUUCCACGCUAGUGCCACUGCGCUACUUUAGCCAUCCAGCUCCAGCCUCCACGCCAAAUCAGGGCCGCCAGGGACAGCUCGCCUUCCAGGAUUAUUUCGUGCCAAAUCCAAGGAUCUUGAGUGAUGAGAUCAUGGCUGAAAGCUACCCCGAUAACAACCCCAUAUCGAGCUCCACCCCCACCGCGCACCAACGGCUGGCAACCGGCCAGACCCCGUCAUCAUUUUUGCUUCUUCGAAGAGUUUCGAUCGAUCCGACUUUUCCUGGUAGCAAAACACCCCCGGGAAAUGGCGUCACCACAGCCGCAGCGCUAGAGCUCAACAAUUCAGAAGCUAUCUCGAUACAGCAAGACAUCACGAGCACUUUUGAUGGCAACCCCUUGCGGACCGCCUCGUUCAACCCGGCUCUCUCCGGCCAACAGAAGCCUCCAGCUGCUUGGCCCUGUCAUUCGGAUAGUUCAGAAUCAGCCGGGGCCCAGAAAGAGCGGGAUGGUGGGGGCAAUGUCGCCUAA